CGCGCUCCGCCCCGCCCCCUCCCGCAGCCAAUCGGAAGCGUCGGCAGAGCGGCGGGCGCUGCCGAUUGGCCGAGCGGCGGGCGGUUGCUAGGCAGAAGCGGCAGCGGGGCAGCAUGGCGGGGCCAGUGCUGGGCGCGGGGCCCGGCGCGCUGCUGCUGGCGGCGAUCUGGGCGCUGGCGCUGCUGCUCUGCCUGGCGCUCGCCCGCGCUCCCGGUGCCGCCAGGAGAGCUCCAUGUGGGGCUGAGUUGCCGGCCUUCUGCUGCAAACCUCUUUUUCCAGGCCACUGCGCGGGCCCACAGGUGGACUGGGACCGUAACGCGUGGCUUUUCCGCUCCCCACAGAUCGUGGACACCUUCUUCAUCAGCCGCCUCAUCCUCCUGGCUGUGAUGGCCCUGGUCUUCCUCGGGUGCAUGUUCCUUCUGCUGCUUCACCACCUCGCAGAGCCGGUGUACGCCAAGCCUCUGCGCAGCAGCUGGAGCCUAAACGGGGAAAUGCGGAAGGUAAAGAGAACUGAACUCAGAGAUCCAGCCAGUUUCUGCCUGAACAAUGGGUUUAUGAGGCCUGGGGUGGUUUUGGUGAAUAAUUUUUAACUCCAUGUUGGCCUUUCAAUACUUUUCAAGAGAACUUAGGAUUUGGGGUUCUUUGCUUUGUUUUAUUUUGGUAGCAUGGAAGAGGAAAUCCAAUUUUCAUGGCAAUAAAAUAGGAGACUGGUGGGGAUUUAGUGAGUCAAUAUCCACAAGUUGUUUUGUUACUGUCCUUUUUUAAUGUUAAGACUAAUAAAACUUUCCGAAGAACCCCU